GACCAGGGGCAGACUGACCAUAUGGAAAACUCGGGUACUGCCCUAGGGCCCGGGUCAGUAGGGGGCCCCAUGAGAUGCCCCUGGUACCUUUUUCAUAGGCUUUUUGAGUUUGGGCAAGGACACAGGGGCCCCAUGAUCCCCUAUUGCCCAGGGGCCCGAUGAGUUGUCAGUCCGCCCCUGUCCGCCCCUGCUCAUGUAAUAUGUGUUCAGUCUGUGAAACAUCUCCUGAAGCAUGUCCCCAGUCUCUAACAUC